AUGUGGCGGAUGGAGCAGCGUGAGCGACGACCUCUUCGCGAGCAGGUUCGCGACACGGUGGAAGUCUGCCUCGAGGUGGAGAAGGCUACGCUCAUCGACGCCCAGCGUAAGCUCAAGGACUCCAUCAAGAAGACUCGCGCGACGAUUGCAGCGUUGGAGAGCAAGCUCGAAGAGCUGCGCCAUGACAUUCAGCAGAAGACGCAGGCACUAUCUGUGGAUGAGCUCUGCCUCCGUACCACGACGCGCAGUUUCGACGCAACGGCAGACCGUACCGCGGCCUUCCGCCCCUCCGUAUCUUCGGGCCAGAACAUGCCUCCCUCCUCGCAUGCACGGCGGCGCGUCGCAGGGACGCAGCACUUUGACCGCAAUGUCUCGGAGUUCUGCAGCACAUGGGCCUUUGACGGUUCCCAGUUGCUUGCUGGCGGUGAGGUGUUGAGCAAGGGCGGUGCCGAGACCUGGCUUGCCUGGCUUUGGGAGGUUGAGUUUUCUGCGGCCAUGGCCCCGGGCGGCCGCAUCGUGCGGGCACCUGGCGCUCCCGAGCAGAUCCUGGAGCUGUGCAAGGCCCACGCCGUGCGCUACAAAUCCACCGCCACUGGACCCAGCAUCGUGGUCACUUCUCCGGCAGGAAAUACAGCAGCCGGAGGCCCUUCGACGCAGUCGGAGAAGCCAAAGCCGAAGACCAAGUACAUCCGGGCUCCUUCAGGCCCGCGGGCAUCGUCCCAUCGUCGAAGGCUGCGGCGCGAGUCCUCUGUGGCCACGCUCUUCAGUGGUGACCGAGCUGGUGGGUUGCUUACGCGUGGUUCUGCCGUGAUCUUCCGGCGGCCGGAGCGCGAUCGCGUUCCACCCCACCAGCGGCCCAUCUUCCUUGUUGGCGAGAAUGGCACUGACGCUAAAGACUGCGUGGAUGUGCACAAUCCACGAAGGUUUUCCAGCACCGAGCGAACCUUCGCCCAGCGCGGCCUGCGCUUCGCGGCGCGAGAGGCAGAGAUGAUCCCAGGGCAGCGGCCCAUCUCUGUUUCCUCCAGCACAAGCUCGGCGAGCAGGCCUGUCUCCGCCGCCGACUUUGGCCACGUUUCGGCAUUCCGGCCGUUGAGCGAAGGUAAGUCAGCAGCGGAUGGCAGCGGCGCCGUGCCCAAGCAAGAAUGCGGCAGCGUUGGGGGGACUAAGAGGUGCGGUGACGCCGACCUACUGAAGAGCAGUAGCAGCAUAUUGUCGCAGCAGAGGCAUGGAGAGACCUUGGGGACUGAAGGUGACUGGGAUCUGGAGGGAAGCCCCAGUACAGUAGAGCUGCGAAUUGUGCGAGUAUCAAAGCUGCAACAGGCGGAAGUGAAGAUUACGCAAGAUGUGCUUAAUGCUGUGUUUGUUGCUCGCCUGACAGCGCUUGGCCUUGUUUCCACCGGCCGUAGCCCGGACUGUGGAGAGGUCGUGCGCCAGCAGGAGGCCGUUCGCCUCAACCAGUCGGCGGUUCACCGUGAGGAGGCUGCUAAGGAGCUGCGUGACGAAGCUGCAAAGCUCAUCCAGCGCAUGGCACGGGCAGCAGAGGAGGCAAAUGCGAAGUCGGACAAGGCAAUGAAGGACCGCGUGAAUGAGAACCAGCAGAUGAGAAGGCGCCUUGAGAAUGAGCUGCGGGAGACUUGCAAUCAGAUCAAUCUCACGAAGAACACCAUCCAGGACACCAAGCAUCAGAUCCGUUCACUGGAAGAGCCGAUGGAGCUGUGCUCAACUUGCGCUUCCUGGCGGAAGCAACGUGCGACCAAGGAGCACAUCUUGGAUCCUGUGACGACUACGCUGCAAGAGCACCAGAUGACCCUCCUACGCUGUCAUGAGGACCUGCGUCAGCAUCAUCACAACGAGAAGAGCGUCUUGCAGGAACUUCAGGAGAAGAAGGAUCAACUGAAGGAAGACUUGCGAGACAAGACUUCCGCCUUGCACAUCGAUCUGAACUGCCUCACUCACGAGGCCACCAGCCUCAACGGCAAGCCGAGUCCUGCAAUCAGCCGAAAUCGACUGCCGAAAGCCAUGAAGGUGGAUCCCACAUUUGUACCCAACCCGGGGCACACGAUGAUGGUGCAGAUGCCUCUCACAGCUCGAUAA